GAAAGAAAACAGGGGAUUGCGGAGGAAACUACAGCUAUUGGAACUGAAGGUGUCACGGGAGCGCGCAGAGAGGACAAUACGAGAGCGCGUACUCGCCAGUCGUCCCAGUAGUGUUAAGAUCCUCGACCGAUACAGAGGAAUGGCAAGAGGAGAAGGACAUAUCACUGGAGGCCACAGAAACUUUGUGAAGCCAGCAGGGCACAAUACAUGGAGAGAUGAUCAAACAAUCACUGUUGAUGAGGGGAGUGGAACCUCAACCCAGCAUGUUAUCAUGAUAGAGUCUGCAGAUGCAGAGGCUGCAGGUCCUGGGGUCAAGCAGGAGAGGUCUGAAGGAGAGGAGGACCCACGGCACAGCAGAGACAACCAGACUGGAGCAGCUGGUGAUCCCCCUGUAGCCACGGAGGAUACCGCCCCAGCGCCGCUCAGGACCCAACGCAGCAUCACGGAGGUCAGUGGAAUGCCGAACACCGUCCUCAAGUCAGAGACAGACACAGAGACUUUAACUGUAACACACAGGCUCUUACACACAGGAUCUGACCACAGAUCAGACCCAGAGAGACAGGGCCUGGGGAGACUGGGCUGUCCUCCUGCCCCUGGCUCGGAGUAUUUACCGGUAUUUCAUCAGAGCCACAGGAUGGUUCAUACCCGUGGGGAUAGCUAUGGUGAUGUGUUAAACAUUGGCGGUGAUGAUCCGUCUUGUUCUUACACUACAGAAAUGGACCCUGGCAACAUGCCUUUGGGUUUAGAGACACAGACUGAUCUGUCUAAAGGGGACUGGAACCGGUACAGUAGUAGUGUACACUCUGAAGGGUGCCUAGAUAAGAAAGGGGAGGUUAUCGUCGUAGAUGAAGUGACUGUGAAAGUGGAGGGCGACGUUCCUCCCACAUGGAAUGCAGAAAGUCACCUCGUAGAGGGACACUCACAGGGCAGAGAUUUCUUAGAUUACAGGGGAAGCUUAGAGACAAAUCUAAAUAUCUCCACCCCCUCCUCUUUACAUGCGUUCAGGGAUCGCGACCCAGUGUCCGCGUCGAUGGGGCCUUCCGAUUCACAUGGAAGCGUCCGUUUCGAUCAGGUAUUGAACUCAAAUGACAGGGCUAAAGCCCUGGCUCCGGGAGGGGAAGACACAUCAGGCAAUAUUAAAGAGAAACGGUUCCUUUGCAUGUUCUGUAACAAAGGCUUCAGCUGCCCCCAGAAGGUGGAGAUCCACCAGAGGGUCCACACAGGGGUGAAAUGCUUCAGCUGUACCCAGUGUCAGAUGCGCUUUGUCCAGGCUGGUGACCUGAAGAGGCACCAGAGGGUCCACACAGGGGAGAAACCCUACAGCUGCCCACAGUGUGAGAAGAGGUUCUCCCGCCAGGACCACCUGAAGAUGCACAUGAAGGUCCACACAGGAGAGAGGCCGUUCGCCUGUACGCAGUGUGGGAAGAGGUUCUCAGAAAGGAGAUGCCUCAGGAUACACCAGCAGAAAAACCAUUCCACUCUAUAACAUAGAAAGAAACCAUUCCACUCGAUAGCUUCUCACAUUUACAUCAAACCCUGCAUUAAAGACAAAGAUGAAUUUUCAUUGUUGUCAGCAGAAUGGAUCCACAGAAUCAUUUGGAAUAACGAGAGAAACAGAUUUCAGUGUUGAAUAUUCCUGGAUAGAAUAUCGCAUCCAGACAUUGUGUGAUAUACACUACCGCUCAAAAG